AUGGCAGUCACGAUGAACUACUACCAAAUCCUCGGCCUUGACAACAGCAGGAACGGGAAACCUCUCCCAGCAUCAGAAGUCAGACAAGCAUACAAGCAAGCUCUUCUCUACCACCAUCCGGAUAAACAGGCAGGAGGAACUGCUCGAGCGAGCAUUGGAAGCCAGGUUCCAAGCAUCGACGAUAUCACAAAGGCGUACAAAGUGCUCUCCGACCCUGCUUCGCGGUCUGAGUAUGACCGCGAGCUGAGGUUACAGCGUCCAGAGGAUGAUGAGAUGGGCAAACUCAACACUCGCCACACCGGGAUGGAGACGGUUGACCUCGAGGAGCUGGACUUCGAUGAAGACAGUGAGUGUUGGACGCGACCAUGCCGAUGUGGCAACCAGCCUGCUUUCGUUAUCUCUGAGGCCGAGCUUGAGAAGAAUGCAGACUAUGGCGAGUUGGUGACAGGUUGCAAAGGCUGUAGUCUAUGGCUCAAGGUGCUGUUCAGUGUGGCAGACUGA